GCUCGUAUAGCUCAAAUCUUGGGUAAGGUUGUGUAUCAAGAAGUGACCCAAGAGCAAUAUUUGAUGCUGUUAAAUUCUAUGUUUGAUUUGGAAGGGAAUAAUGGAUGACGGAACUUCUCAGUAUUAUUUUACUGCCUCUAUGGACUCAGGAAAAACCCUGUGUAGCUUGUUAAAGGCUAUUCAGUUUCAGGAGUGUGCAGUGUUCUGUGCUCUCCCAGAAGGUCUGAAGUUUACAGUUGAAGAAGGCAAGUGUGUGCAAGCAUCAGCAUAUGUUCCCGCUGAUAACUUCACGGAGUACCAUGUCAGAGAUGAUGUGGAUGUUAUGUUUAAAAUAAGUAUAGUAGUUCUAGCUGAAUGUCUCAAUAUAUUUGGUUCAGGAGAAGAAUCUAGUCUGAAGAUGUAUUACAGAUGUGAAGGAUCACCUUUGUUAUUAGUGCUACAACCUCAAUCGGUCUACAAUGUAAUGACAGACUGCGAAAUAUCAACGCAGAAUGCGGAUUCGAUUCUCGAACUUCGAGAUGAAGACACUCCUGAAGUGGCUAAGUUAGUAUUGAAGGCACCAGCGUUGUUGGGGCUGCUAUCAGACCUUGAACGGUCGUGUGACGUAAUAGAAAUUAAUUUGUCACCUGAACACCCUAAUGUUAGCAUUGUUACUUAUGGAAUGCAGUGUAAAUCGUUAACGCAGGCGAAGGAACCAUUCCAUUCUCAUCCAUUAAAAAAAAUGCUGCCUAUAUACAUACAUGCACAGCAUAUAUGUGACGCCCAUAGUAUCACAUUGCCGUUCUUGAGGACUAAGAUGUCAUUACUCUCUGUAUUCUCACUGCUAUAUGUUAAAACAGACAGAUCCUGUAUCGAAGUAACGAAAUCGUCAGAUAUGGUGCAAAGUUUCAGUUGCGAAGAGUCAAUAACACUGAAAUAUCAGUUGUAUCACUUUCGGCUUAUUAUGAAAGCGCUUGCCAUAUCAACCAAGGUGGUGUUAAGAUGCACUUCAAAUGGUUUAUUGUUACUCCAAUUGAAGUUGGAAAAAGAAGAUCAGAGGCAGAUGUUUUCAGAAUUUUAUAUUAUACCACUGUUGGACGACUGAAAGACAACACUAAUACCUCUUUGAUAACACUGGGCUGUGAAAUAAAUAUUACGUGUUCAUACAAAAUAGAUGUUUUAUUUCAUUCUCAAAAAUUACAUUCAACUUAUAUUGGGAAUGUUAUUAAAAUUAUGCAGCUCAGUGGCUUGUCUAUUUGCUGAAACAAACAACAUAAUAUAAACGAAAUAAAGUUUGUACCCUUGACUAUGGCCGUCUGGAUUAUUUUCCUUUGCGUGAGCAUGUAGUUGUAUAUUGAUAUGUAUUUUGUUUUUUUAGUAGAUUAAGGCGACGCCUUUGCGUAGAGCCAUCAUUGUUUUUACACUAUAUCUUCUGUGACAAAUUAUAAUUCCAAAUUACAAAAUAUGUAUUUAUAUUUUAAAGAUUUUAUUAGGUUACUAUAUUGAAUUUAAAUGUACAAACUUCAGUUUUAAUAACACAUGCAUUAGUAAAUAUACCAGCGGCCAUUUUUGAUAACGUCACGGGUUCUUAGCAUAUAUAUUCUUAUGAUAUAUAUAAAUAAAACAAUAUAGGUAAGUAUAUAUAAUAGUUCACCAUAGAAAAUAUCAAUUUGCUGUCUGAAUAGUAAAAAGAAAGAAAAUUACAUUGCAUGCAUUUUGCUAUAAUAUCAAUUAUUAGUUAUGUUACAUUAAUUCAACGUAAAAUAAGUAUAAAGGUAAUAAUAGCACUAGUAUAGGUAUGUAUAUUACUAUACAUGGUGUUCAAAAAUGUACUGCAUGUUGAUAGUUAAAAUAAUACCUUCACAGGAAUUCGAAGUGAAAUAUAUAUUAUAAUCUUUUUACAAUAGCUAUUUUAUGUAAUUGAAAUGGCUUACAAGUUGCUGGGUCACGAGAUGGUAAGCGGUAAUCGUUGU